CUGCCUCUGCAGCGAAGGACUAUAUCUGCGGCACCACUGUCACUUUCACGACCACACAGGGACAUGUACUGACGCGGAGAGGAGGACGCACCGACACCUGCUCUCCAAGGCGGCGUAUUAAUUCCAGCAUCACUUCUGUGGAUUAUUAUUUAUUUUCAACAAAAAGCCAACGAUGGAGGAAUCCAGCUCACAUAAGUUGGUUUGGGACGGCGACGCCAAAGCAGUGCAGCAGUGUCUAACGGAUAUAUUCACCAGCGUCUACACCACGUGUGACAUUCCGGAAAAUGCAAUUUUCGGCCCUUGUGUAUUGAGCCACACGUCGUUGUAUGACAGCAUAGCCUUCGUAGCACUCAAAUCAACGGACAAACGAACUGCGCCGUACAUAUUCAGGGUGGACACGUCAGCAGCCAACAGCACGUCGGACGGCUUGAUGUGGCUGCGGCUCGUGCAGUCGGCGCGGGACCGGGACGAGCAGAACCUCGAGUCCUACGUGAAGAACGGACAGCUGUUCUACCGGUCUCUCCGGAGGAUCGAGAAGGACGAGGAGCUGUUGGUCUGGUACGGGAAAGACCUGAUUGAGCUGCUGCUGCUCAGCGCGAGUAAAGCACCGGUCAAGGCCAAGGGGUCCGCUCCCUACUCCUGUCCUGACUGCAACCAGCGCUUCCAGUUUGAGUUCCCCUUCCUGGCCCACCUGAGGUUCCGCUGCACCAAGAGACUACAGAGCAUGGCAGCAGGCAGUGUGGACGAGGAGGUCCACAGUAAGGAGCCAAGCACCGAGCGCCCUAACCCCAACACUACCACCACCACACCCACCAGAGCUAGCCCUAAACUGGGCCGCUCAGAGGGGGACAGCGCCAAACCCUCCACAGACUUCCAUAACCUAGCCAGAGACCUGGAGAACAGUCGGACCAGUCCGCCGAGUGACCGUGAGGCUGAGAUCCGCAGCGAGAGCUCUGGGAAGAGGAAGUUCUCCGAUGUGGAGGACAGGGAGAGGGAUGGUAGCAGGGCCUCUCUGAGUCUGUCUCAGUCCCUCAAGUCUAAGGAGGAGCUGGCUAGCUCAGCACAGAACUAUCGGGGAGUGUACGGCCUGGAGGAGAAUCGACGAGGGCCGACGUUCUCCCCUCCAGGGUCGGGGUCCACCGAGUCGGGUGGUGAGGGUAAACGCAGUGCCUUCACCGAGGUCAAGAAGUCUCCACAGAGCUUAAAGACGCACAGCGGCAGCACCAAAAACCUCCAGAGCUCCAAUGCCGAGAACAAGGACGGAGGUCGGCCCAGCCCGGGCAGCAACCCUCCCCAGGAGAAGCAUCUCAACAUCAGGCAGGUUCUGUCAGAGACCCAACCUCCCCAGUCCCAGACCCGCAUGGAGUCCUCUCCGCUCGGGAGCGCCUUCACCUCCGUAGUCCAGCAGGGUGGGGGCAAUGGCGGGCAGAGGAAGAGCGCCUUCAGCCAACCCUCCCGCCACUCUACCUCCUCCUUCUCCCAGAUCUCUCCUCUGGUCAUGACCACACCCAAACUCCUGGACUGCCACCCGGCGGUGGGCGACACCAUCUCUUCCUCCAGACUCUACCAGGCAGACCACCUGGCCGCCAAACUCCACGGCGCAGAGCUGGGCGCCAACUGCCCAGUGCCAGGAGCCAUGUCCAAGCAGAGCCCGUUCCUCUACGCGGCGGCUGCAGCCACAGCCUUCUGGCCCAAGAGCCAGGGCCCCAUCCAGCUGCAGAUGCCCUCAGCGCUAACCUUACUACCACCCUCCUUCACCUCUCUGUGUCUGCCCGCCCAGAACUGGUGCGCCAAGUGCAACGCCUCCUUCCGUAUGACCUCUGACCUGGUGUACCACAUGAGGUCGCACCACAAGAAAGAGUUUGCCAUGGAGCCAAUGGUCAAGAGGAGGCGUGAAGAGAAACUUAAGUGUCCAAUCUGUAACGAGUCGUUCAGGGAGAGGCACCACCUCUCGCGUCACAUGACCUCCCACAACUGAUUUUUAGAUCAAUAACAUUCCGUUUUCACACUGCUAGGGCGAGCUGAACUAAGCUGAGCCGAGCCGAGCUGUACUGUACUGCACUGGCCUGGUUACGGAAUUGCAUUUGAUUAAGAAACCCUUGCUUGAAAGGACAGUGUGUAAAGAAUAUACUGUAGGCGAACCAGCACAGUAAGGUUUGGCCAUCCACUGAAGCUUCUGGGACGGACCGUAAAAGACAAUGGGAAAAUAGUAUACCCCUGCCAGGCCAGCACAGCACGGUUUGGGUCAGCACGGUAGUGGGAAAGGGGUAUCACAUCACAGACCAUGGGGAGGAACUUUUUUGCUGACUGACUGACUGACUGACUGACUGACUGACUGACUGGCUGUCUGGCUGACUGGCUGACUGGCUGACUGGC